AUGAGCUCCCGCGUCGCCCUCGCGUCGCCCGCCCCCGUCUCGAGCCUGUCGGCGUCGUCUGACCAGCACGGCUCGUCGUCUGACCGGAGGCGAAACAUGCCCACCGCCGUGCCCCCACGCACGUCGUCGACGCACCACCACGCCAACGGCGGAUCGAGCGCCCGACGCGCUGCACAGACGAGCGAGCGCCCCGCCAAUUCGCCCCGGCGAGCACCGCACCCCGAGCUGGCUAGGGACAUCAACGGCAACAUGGACGCGGCGCGCAUGGACGAGGCUGCCGCACAGAGCUCCCGCAACCGCCGGGCCAACCAGAUGGCUCAGGAGCCGCCGCAGCGGUCCAGCAGCACGCGCGAGACACGACCGUCGGUCCAGCCGCCAACGGCUGUCCGCACGCCGCCCACUGCCGGCCACCCGCCCAAGGGCCCCUCGCGAGAGGCGAGCGAAAUUCUUAAUAGCAUACUAAUCUCGCAGCCAGAGGUCGACAUUGAGCGGGAGAAGGAGCGAGUCGCCCAGGCCCAGCCGCAUAACGUGGGCAGCCAGGACGACGACGCGGCGACCCCCCCGGUCGUGGGCACCGGCGAAGACGAGAGCCGCCGCGGCGGAAGAAGCCGGCACGAUCAUUCCAAGAGAGAGAAGCACACAAAGUUUGGCGAGUACAUCUUGGGCAAUACCAUUGGCGAGGGCGAGUUCGGCAAGGUCAAGCUCGGGUGGAAGCAAGAAGGCGGCGUCCAGGUCGCCAUCAAGCUCAUCAAGAAGGACCAGCUGGGCAGCAACCCGUCCCGCAUGGCCAAGAUCAUGCGCGAGGUCGCCAUCCUCAAGCAGCUGACCCACCCCAACAUUGUGCGCCUGCACAAGAUGGAAGAAUCGGAGCGGCACUACGGCAUCGUGCUCGAGUACGCGUCGGGGGGCGAGCUGUUCGACUACAUCCUCAACCACCGCUACCUGCGGGACAAUGCUGCCCGGCGGCUGUUUGCCCAGCUCGUGUCGGGCGUCGGCUACCUCCACAAGAAGGGCAUCGUGCACCGCGAUCUUAAGCUGGAGAACCUGCUGCUCGACCGCAAUCGCAACAUUAUUAUCACCGACUUUGGGUUUGCUAACACGUUCGACCCCAACGAGGAGCUGUCGGAAGACGAGGAGGUGAACCUGACGGACCGCGAGUUCGUCAAGCGCAUGGGACUGGACAAGAUCAAGCCCAACGGCUCGCGCAAGGGCGACCUCAUGCAGACGAGCUGCGGCAGUCCCUGCUACGCAGCCCCCGAGCUGGUAGUCAGCGACUCGCUGUACACGGGCCGAAAGGUUGACGUCUGGAGCUGCGGAGUUAUUCUAUACGCCAUGCUCGCCGGCUAUCUUCCGUUCGACGACGACCCGGCCAAUCCCGAAGGCGACAACAUUAACCUCUUGUACAAAUACAUUGUCAACACGCCCCUCACCUUCCCCGAAUACGUCACUCCCCAUGCCCGCGACCUGCUGCGGCGUAUACUCGUGCCCAACCCGCGUAAGAGAGCGGACUUGUUCGAGGUCGCCCGCCACAGCUGGCUGAGCGAGUACGCCCACGUGGUCGAGUUCAUCACGUCAAGCACCACGACGCCCGGCGAGAUCCAAAACACGACGGUGCCGGCUGAGGACGAGGGCGAGGCGCCCGUCAUCACGCGGAGCGCCUCGGUGCGCGAGUCGUCCAAGAAGACGGCCCCGGCGCCCCCCAUCGGCGGCUUGGCCGCGAGCAAGCAGCGCACCAUUGAUCCCGAGGCCGAGAGCGCGUACGCCAAGCAGCAGCGAGACAACAAGCGCCGCACGGUGCAGGUCGAGUACGUCGCCCCCAACACGACAACACAGCGCGGAGACUCGUCAAGCGCACAACAGUCGGGUAGCAGGACUCGUGCCCGCUCAGGCAGCGAGGGCCCCGUGGAAAUCGGCGAUGUCGGCCCGUCGUCGCCCAGCGACAAGCCACUCCCCCGAGACCCCCCCGUCGCCAAGGACGCGUACGGAAAGGCGCCGGUCUCAUCACGGAGACCGCCGAGCUCUCACCGCAACCCACCCGUCGCCGCUGGUGCCGGGCGGCAAGGCCGAGAUACCCGCGCAGUAGCCGAUCCCGCCUACAUGGCAGUGGCGUCUACGACAUCUGCGGCUCGCCCUCCGACGGGCGGAUCCAUGCAGUCCAACGCCUCCCGCGGCGUGAGCGGGCGCGCGUCGUACGGGCAACCCGUGCCCCCAGAGCUGGCCGACACCAACGUACACGGAAGGAUCCAGCAGCCGCCAAAGGGCGGCCCCAAGCCCUACGGAAUGCCCAGCUCGGCUUCGCAGGAGCAGGGCAUGGAAUACGGCCGGCCCAGCAUCAGCGUGCCCCCCAAAUUCGCCAGGUUGUCUGGGUUUGCGCGAGAAGGCGAGGGCGCCGAGCCGCGGCCCUCGGCGGAGGUCAAGGGCCACAAAAGAUCCAGCACGAUGGGCGAGAUUGGAGGCAAGCUGUUUGGACGCAGUGGGUCCCUGUUUGGAGGCCGGAACCGGAAACGCACAGAGCAGCCAGGCGGCGAGAAGGGCAAGCGGUAUCCGCCCGUGAGCAUGAACAACUCGAUGCCGGCUGGCGAAGAGCCGCGGCCGUCGAUGGACUCGAAGCGCUCGCGCCGCUCCUUCUCGAUAGGGCUAGGAAAGAAGCGGUCUGGCAGCAUGACAGGGUCGCAGACGUCGCAGGAGAAGCACACUAGGCGUUUCUCCUUCAUCCCGACGUCGUUCUCGCUCAAGGCCAUCGGCAUCGGCAAGGGCGACGAGUCGGCUCCCCCCGACUCGCAGCAGGACCUGCCGAUCCAGGAACCCCCGGCCGUCGACCAGUACGGGCGGUUCAUCGACCAGAACGUCGACCGAGAACAUGCAGAUGCCGCGACCCUUGACGGCAUGUACGCGCAGCUGCGCAGUCCCCAGCAGGCCCCCGCCGACCCGUACGCGGGGCGCCACCAGCAAUACCCCAACAACCAGUACGGGCGGCCGUCCAACGUCGAGGGCUACAUGCCGGCGGCGGUGCUAAACACAGCCUCGGACGCCUCGGUCGACAACAUGCGCCGCCCGCUGGAGUCUGCCCCCUAUCCGCAGACGCUCCCGGCCCAGGACGACGGACGCAGGCCCGCGAACAGCGGCAAGCCCAACCGCGGCGUUCUCCAGAAGAACAAGCGCUUCGUCGACGCCUACGACACCGACUCGUACUCGCGGACCCACGACCACUCGGGCAGCAGCGGUCCAGCAAGGAAGGUCAUGGACUUUUUUAGGAGGAGAGGGAAGGCCAGGGGCGGCGAGGGCAGCUGA